AUUUAAAUAAUGAAUUAAAAUUAACAUGAGGAAGGUAAUAUUUUUGUAUUCAAAAAUAGCACCUAAAAAGUUGACCAUUACACUAUGCACAGGAAAUGUAAAUAUAUUUUAGUAAUCAAGAAAAAUAAACUGAAGGAGUUUAUUUAAAUUAUGGGGGAUAGAUUUAAUAUUGAUUCAGAACCUGUAGAUUGUAAUUAUUUAUUCUUAUUUAAUAGUACCUGAAUUAUAAGGACCACCACUUUAAAUAGCAAAAGAAAAAGCUUUAUUAGCCUAUGAAAAAUUAGGAAAAGCAUGUGUUACAGAGGAUACUUCAUUGUGUUUUAAUGCUCUUAAUGGAAUGCCUGGUCCUUAUGUGUAAAUAAUAGAUUAAUAUUUUAAUUAGAAAAUGGUUUUUGGAAGCUACAGGACCAGAAGGAUUGAGUAAAAUGUUAGAUGGUUUUGAAGAUAAAACAGGUUAUGCUUAAUGCAUUUUAUCAUAUAUGGGGCCAGAAUUAAAAGAACCUAUUCAAUUUGUUGGAAAAACUCCAGGAGUUAUUGUAAGACCUAGAGGACCAGGACAUUUUGGUUGGGAUCCAAUUUUUUAACCUGAUGGAUUUACUGAAACGUAAUGAAUAUCACAAUAUUUGAGAUAUGCUGAAAUGGAUAAAGAUGUUAAGAAUAAAAUAUCUCACAGACUUAAGGCAAUUUAAAAAUUUAUUGAUCAUUUUCUUGUAAAUUGAGUGGUU